AUGGGUGGGGAAGCUCCGCAUCUCGCCCCCGCUCCAGCUUCCACGCUACCCCGGCUCGCCGAGCGACCGGUCGGCCAGCGCAUCACCAAGAUCUACACCGAUCGACUCAAGCAAUUCACAUCAACCGGUCAAUAUGAAGGUCAGAACCUACUCUCCAAAUACAGCGAAGCAGUGAAUUCCGACGAAGAUCAUGUCAAGCUGUCCGUCUACUCGGUCCCGGACCUUCAGCGGCCGUCCUUCGAUGAAGCCACCUCCCAUAAAUUCGAGCCGACUUCUAUCGGAGAAUCAUUCGGUCCUAGUUGGUCGACCCAUUGGUUCCGGGUUCGACUUACGAUCCCCGAGGAAAUGCGCGAUAAGGAACGUUUGGAGUUCCACUGGGAUGCGAACAAUGAGGGAUUGGUGUGGUCGGAAGACGGCCGGCCGUUGCAAGGUCUGACCGGUGGUGGAGAGCGAACUGAAUGGAUUAUUCCCGAUGAGUGGCGCGAUGGAGAGGAGCAUAUGUUCUACAUUGAAAUGGCCUGCAAUGGCAUGUUUGGAAACGCCCCCGGAGGGGACUCGAUCCAGCCACCUCGACCGGACAAGUCCUAUGUUCUCAGCAAGGCACAAAUCACCGCUGUCAACCUGGAUGCGCGCGCACUAUACUAUGACUUCUGGAUUAUCGGAGAUGCCUCUCGAGAAUUUCCAAGUGAUUCCUGGGAGUCCCAUGAAGCUAACAUGGUGGCCAAUUCCAUAAUUGAUGCAUUCAUUGCCGGCGAUGGAAGCCAAGAGUCAAUCCUUGAAGCUCGCAAGAUUGCUCAAAAAUAUCUCGGCGAUAAGGUCGAUUCGACGGACGUUUAUAAGACUGAUACUCAACCGAUCGUGUACGCCAUCGGUCAUUGCCAUAUCGAUACCUGCUGGCUCUGGCCUUGGGCUGAGACCAAGCGCAAGGUCGCUCGAUCAUGGUCCAACCAGUGUGACUUAAUGGAACGCUACCCUGAGCAUCGCUUUGCUUGCUCCCAGGCACAGCAGUUCAAAUGGCUGAAGCAAUACUAUCCAAGUGUCUUUGACCGUGUUAAGCGCUGGGUCAAGAAGGGUAACUUCCAGCCGAUCGGCGGUAGCUGGGUCGAGCAUGAUACCAACCUACCUAGUGGAGAGUCACUGGUGCGACAGUUCCUCUACGGCCAGCGAUUCUUUGAAAGCCACUUUGGAAAGCGAUCCACCACGUUCUGGCUGCCAGAUACAUUCGGUUACUCUACCCAAAUUCCUCAAAUUUGUCGCCUUGCUGGCAUGAGUCGAUUCCUGACCCAAAAGCUCAGCUGGAACAAUAUCAAUAACUUCCCCCAUACUACCUUCCAGUGGGUCGCGUUGGAUGGUAGCCAGGUGAUGUGCCACAUGCCUCCCGCUGAAACAUACACCGCCGAAGCCCACUUUGGAGACCUGAAGCGCAGCGUCACUCAGCACAAGUCCAUGGAUAAGGACAAAUCUUCUUUGCUGGUCUUCGGCAAGGGUGACGGUGGUGGUGGCCCGACCUUUGAGCACCUGGAGAAAUUGCGCCGAUGCCGCGGUCUCAGUGACAAGAUUGGUACACUCCCACGAGUGAAGAUGGGCGAGUCCGUCGACGACUUCUUCGACAAGCUGGAGGAAAACGCCGCUAAUGGUACUGAUUACGCUACAUGGUAUGGCGAGCUCUACUUUGAGCUGCACCGUGGUACCUAUACCACCCAGGCGAACAAUAAGCGCAACAAUCGCAAAUCAGAAUUUUUGCUGCGCGAAAUUGAGCUCCUGGCUACCCUGGCUACCCUCCGUGGCUCUGACGAGGGGUACAAAUAUCCUAAGCGGCAGAUCGACGAGAUGUGGGAAGGUGUCCUGCUUUGCCAGUUCCACGACUGCUUGCCCGGUAGCUCUAUUGAGAUGUGCUACGAUGACUCGGACAAGCUUUAUGCUGAUAUCUUCAAGACCGGCACUAGACUGCGCAAAGAUGCUCUCGCUGCACUUGGAAUCACCAGCCCAGGUGAUAUCCAGAACUUGGUGGCUUUGAACACUUUGCCAUGGCCUCGCACGGAAAUGGUGAAGAUCCCCGAGACUUUGACUAAAUCAGAAGGCUCCAAGUACGCCCUGGUUGAAGGUUCAACUGGAGUUCUCUCAUGCCAGCCGGUUGAUUUUAGGGCCACCACCGCAGUCACGGUGUCCGAGAUCCAGCCUGGUGUGUUCCGUCUUGACAAUGGUAAGCUGAAAGUUGAUGUGCAAGGUGGCAUCAUCACCUCGCUAUUUGAUGUUGAGGCGGAUAGAGAGAUUGUCACCAAGGGUGGGAAGGCCGGACAGCUAGUCAUCUUCGAUGACAAGCCUCUAUACUGGCAAGGAUGGGAUGUGGAAGUCUUCCACCUCGAGUCUCGAAAAGAGCUGUCUAGCGGCGAGACUGUCAUUGCAGAGAACGAUCAACAUCGGGUUAGUCUGGUCACCCAGACCAAGAUCAGUGACAAGAGUUGGGUCAGAACCACCAUCAGCCUUGCCGCUUCCGUCUCCUCUGAGCCCUCGCGCGUCGAAUUCGAGAGCGAGGUGGAGUGGCAUGAAACCAUGAAGUUCCUCAAGGUCGAAUUCCCCGUGGAUGUGACCAACACCGAGGCAUCCUACGAGACCCAGUACGGUAUCAUCCGUCGCCCAACUCACUAUAACACAAGCUGGGACAUGGCCAAGUUCGAAGUCUGCUGCCAUAAAUGGGCUGAUCUCUCCGAGCACGGCUACGGCGUUUCCAUCCUUAACGACUCUAAAUAUGGCUUCGCUACCUGCGGCAACCUCAUGCGUCUGUCGCUCCUGCGUGCUCCUAAGGCACCGGAUGCUCACGCCGACAUGGGCCGCCAUGUCAUCCGCUAUGCCAUCCUUCCCCACAGUGGCCCUCUCGACGACCGGACCAUUCGUGCCGGUUACAACUUCAAUCAGCCUCUGGUUGUGGAGCAGGCCAAUUCCCAGGUCUCUGCUUGCAAUGCCGCUUUCAAGGCAGUUUCCAUUCACGGUGCGCCUUCUGUUAUCAUGGAUGCUAUCAAGCGUGGUGAAGACGAUGAGGAUGUCUCCACUGGUGGUCUCCCCGCUCGCUCUGGUCAGAGCGUUAUCGUGCGCGUCUACGAGUCUCUUGGCGGGAAAGCUCGUGGUACUCUUCGUAGCUCUCUACCGGUCAAGCGUGUGUGGAAGUGCAACGUCCUUGAAGAUGAUGAAGAAGAACUGGUAAUCCAGAAAGUUGACGAUUCCACUUCGGUGGAUAUCCAGCUCAGGGCGUUCGAGAUUGCUACAUACCGUCUCCAGCUAUAA